AUGUUGGCUGAUGAAGAAGAUUCUGAAGGAGACGACCUACAUGGCAAGAAAAUAUGUCUGAAUGGUGAUGAUAAUGACAACAAUGAUAAUGAGGAUGUUGCUGAUGAUGAUGACAAUGCUGAUGAUGACAAUGCUGAUGAUGGCAAGAAUAUGAUAGAUCAUAUUCUGGGUCCUGCAGAAAUAUCUAGUGAUGAUCAAGAUAGUUCUGUAGUACCUCCUUUACAGCCUCUAUUAGAUGAUGACAAUGAUGAUGAUGAGAAGGAGGAGGAGGACAGUUCCCCAAAAAGAGUUGUGGAUGAUAAUGAGGUUGGCCAUUAG